AUGUCGGACCUGUACGCCAUGAACCAGCCGGGUUCCAAUUCUGCUCGAUACCAAGAUUCUAAAGCUCAGGCCGAUGCUGCAGCUGCAGCUCAAGCAGGCAUAACCACCCCACGACAGAUCAUGGCCGCUAGAAACGCCCGCAAGGCCCAGCAAGAGGCUAGUCUUCGCCAGACACAAGAGACGGACCCAUCCCGAAGAAGACAACAGGAAGAUGUUGUUGGCGUUGCACCAGAUUCCCGGCGACAACAAACAUCUAGAAUCAACUAUACCGAUGCCGAGCCUACUGCUCGGCUACCCGCAGGUCAAAAUGUCACUAUUGGCGGCAGAGCUGAUACAAUACCGACCACUAACGGCAUAGCCUCUAGGAGCGGCAACACUACUCUGAAUCAGGGUCAGCUGCGAUCAGGCGCAGCUCAGCAAACCUACAAUCCCACACAAUCUCAGCUGCCUUCCUCCUUGCAAGCUGGUCAGCCCCCAGCUGAUGCAUCGAGGAUACAGAGGAACAGAACAGAAGCAUACGAGAAGCUCGAAAUGCCUGCUGUAGCUGAUGCAAGAGCUUCGCAACAGCAGAGAUCGAACCAACCUCAAACAAGCGGUCCUGCCCCUUCCGCACGUGCUGCCUUUCCCCAUGCCUUCGAAAGACUACAACAAAAUACAGAUGAGCUUGAAUCCAAACCGAUUGACAAGCAAAUGGCUCGGCAGAUCACUGACCUAUCAGCUGCUGGAGCCAAUCUAUUUCACGCGGUCGUUGAGCUGCAAAGGUUGAGAGCCUCUUCAGAGCGAAAGUUCCAAAGAUGGUUCUUCGAGACUCGGAAUGAGCAAGAGGCAGCCGCCGAGAAGUAUGCUGAUCUUCAAAAACAGCUUCAAGCAGAGCGCCAGAACAGACCACAAAUCAGCAACGCAACUAUGGAUUCUUUACGUGCUGAGAAGGUCAAGGCUGACGAACUUGUGCGGGAAAUGCGACGUGAGUUGCAAAUUAGCAAGGAAGAAGCACGACGAGCUUGGGAAGAGCUUGGUCGACGGGAGCAGGAAGAGCGAGAAAGAACAAUCGCUCUACGAAGUGGCGAACCAACCCUAAUCGGAGGUGUCCAGGUCUUACCUAUGCAAGGCCUCACAAGUAGACAUAACACAUCCGCCUCACAACGACCAGUAACUCGCGAUGGACCUUACCAAGGUGGUCCGAGUGCUACUUUGAUGGGUGGUCAACAACCUCUCUCCCGAAGUCAGGAAUCUUUGGACUCGCCGACUCAAGAGCAACACCAAUUCCGCUACCAAGCUGAUGCUACUUCACCAACAGACACCGAUCCUUUCAUCGAGACUGCACCUCGGUCCGUCCCUCCUCCAUUACGCCAUGAACCCGACACCCACUUUAUGACAACAGGUAGUCCCCAAGGUCGACAAACCACCGCACAGGCCAUGGCUGCUGCUAGAGCUGUCACCUCUCCAGCACAAAGUCAGCGUUCCACCCAUAACAGGUCGGAAGGUCCUUCGUAUAUACCCAGCACCCGGUCAGGCGCAGGCAGCAUACAGAGCGACGAGGAGUAUCAUAUCGGUCCUGAUGGACAAUAUCUUCGAGAUCCACAAGGUCGACCUAUUCCGUAUCGUCAGCCUCUUGGUGGUUACGAAGAGGUGGCUUCCGAUGAUGAAGAUCAUGCUGCCGACGUAGAGCGAGAACAAAUGCUAGCACAACAAUACGCUCAGCGUCAACAGCAAUCACGUUACACACCGCAAGGCCAACCCGCUCAUACUCCCUCUCGCUCACCUCAACACUAUCCACAAAGCGUCUAUGCUCAAACAACCACAACUCCACUGAUGCAAAUACAACAAACUCCAUUCCACAACGACUCCCCGGCUCAGAGCCGCCACACCACCUCAUCAACACUGAGUCCAGCAACUCCACAACAACCUCCUCCAACAGCUCGUCUAGCCUCUCCCAGCCACAACAAUCCAGCAGACUAUGAAGGCGCCGCCUAUGGCGACGACGAUGAGGAAGAGGAGGGCAUGUACCCUCCCCCCCCACCUGACCCCGUCGCUCAAACUAGCAGCACACAAGCACGUACCCACCACGUCCCAACCCGCCUCUCAGACAUUCCCGAAGAACGGACUGACGCCUCCCGCUCUUCCCGCGCCUUCAGCGCCACACCAACAACAACUUCCGAUACCCUCCAGGGCGGUAUUCUAGGCACGAGACGGUAG